AUGUUCAGUGGUCGAAAAUCACCUCGACUUGUGGAGGAGCGGCUCGACGGCAAAGAGACACGUAAUGCUGGGCCGAAGUUACUGCUCAAUGGUGACGUGAAAGAUUCAUCGUAUACCGCUGACUCGUACAGCUACCUGCAUCGUUUCACAUGUUACAUCUCCGAGUUGUAUUUGGGUGAAACCCGUGAAUCAUAUUACACAAAUGCUGCGAACUCAUGA